AUGCCAAGCAAACUACGGAAGGCCCUCUACGCCGUGAAAGACCAAACCAGCAUAAGCCUCGCCAAAGUUUCCUCCUCCACCGGCGGUCCCAAUGCCAUCUCCCUCGAAGUCGCCAUCCUCAAAGCCACCACUCACGAUGACGUCCCCCUCGAGCAACGCUACGUGGUGGAAAUCCUCCACUUAAUAUCCGCCAACAAAUCCCACGCCGCCGUCUGCGCCCAUUCCAUCGCUAAACGCAUCAACAAAACCCGCCAUUGGAUCGUGGCAUUGAAAUCCCUUAACCUCGUGCUCAAAAUCUUCCAAGACGGUGACCCUUAUUUCCCGCGUGAAGUUCUUCACGCUAUGAAACGUGGCGCCAAAAUUCUCAACCUCUCCAAUUUCCGUGACGAUUCCAAUUCAAGCCCUUGGGAUUACACUGCCUUUGUUCGAACUUUUGCUCUGUAUCUCGACGAGCGCUUGGAUUGUUUCUUAACUGGGAAGCUUCAAAAGCGAUUCACUGAACGGAAAACAGAGAGUUUCAAUGGAAAUACCCGACGGAUCAACGAGCCGAUUCGGGAUAUGAAGCCGGCGAUGUUAAUUGAUCGGAUUUAUUAUUGGCAGAAGUUGUUGGACAGAGCAAUCGCCACCAGACCCACUGGACCGGCGAAGGGGAAUCGAUUGGUUCUGAAUUCCCUUCACGCCGUCGUCCAAGAGAGCUUCGAUUUAUACAGGGAUAUCUCCGAUGGGCUUGCGCUUCUUUUGGAUAGCUUUUUCCAUUUGCAGUAUCAGUCAUGUGUUAAUGCGUUUCAAGCUUGUGUCAAAGCAGCGAAGCAAUUUGAGGAAUUGGGUUCUUUUUAUGAUUUGUGUAAGAGCAUUGGGGUUGGAAGAACUUCGGAGUAUCCGAGUGUUCAACAGCCCUCCGAUGAGUUGAUUGAGACAUUGCAGGAGUUCUUGAAAGAUCAAGCUUCUUUCCCAUGUCAUGACAGCCGGUCGCCACCGGCGCCGGUGAUUCUUUCCGGAACAAUUUCGACGAUGAAACUCACCGACGAUCUCGAACAAUCUGAAUCGUCGGAUAAGAAUUCUGAGAGGGAGUUGGAUUUUAACUCGUUUGGGGAAAUGAUGAGCGCUACUGGAAGCUGGACUAGCCCUGCGAAUUCCGUCGAGCAAGACGGUGAAGGGUAUUCCGAUUAUCAAUCGGAGAAGCAAUCCCGGUUGGGAGAUUUUGCUAAUGAAUCAAAUCUUUCUCCGAAUUUCGCUUUCUUUGAAGAUGACGAAAAGCCCUUUCAAGAAGAAUCCGAAUUUGGGGCUGCUCCGGGUUUGAGAUGUGGGGACUGGGAGCUCGUUCUGGCGGAGUCGGCGACGGACACGGCGGAAGAAUGGCCGGAUUUCUUCGCUCCUUCCAUCGGCGACGACCCGUUUGAGAAACCCUUUUCUUCGCCGCAGCACCAGUACAACAACCCGUUCCUUCAAGAUUCAAAUGAAUCGUUCGCAGUUCCGCCGACGUUCAAAGCAGAGACGGAAAUCGCUCCGACAUUUCGCGCCGAGAACGUUAAGGAAGCUGUGGUCGUAGCCCCAACUUUCAGAGUGGAAACGCCAACAUUUUCUUCACAGCAUCAAAAUGGUUCGAUGUUCGAUGAUUGGGGCCCAAUUCCAAAUGGGUCUGGGUCUGGGUCUGGGUUUGAGUUUGAUUUGGGGGCUGAAAAUGAUCCGUUUGCAGAGGCGUGGAAUAGCAAUUUGAAUGGAAAUGAACCAAGUUUGAACGUGAUGGAUCAAGAAAGUUUGUUGCAACAGCAGAAAUUGUGGAAAGAGCAACAAAACAAGAUCAUAGCUAAGCAUUCGGAAUGAUAUGGAGAAGAAAAAUGGGAAUUUGGGAUGUAAAUUUAACACAGCUUAUUGGCUUGUAAAUACCCCUUCGCAGAGUUCAUUCAAUUCAUAAAAAAAAAUCUUUACUUUUAUCUCU